AUGAAGUCUAAACACAGCGUAAUACUGGGAAUAGCGAUAUUUUUGUUUAUUCAACAUAAUCUAGCUGUAAGCGAUAGAGACUAUGAUCUCAAAAUUACCAAGUUCAUGUGCAUUGAUACACCUUAUAAGCGAAGUGUGCUUCAUUAUUGCAAAACAAUAGCUCGCCGUGAUCAACCAACUAUGUUAAAUUUGUCAAUAACAGUUCCCGAAAGCUUCAACUAUUUGAAAAUGAGAUUUAGUGCGGAGUACAAAUUUUCCACUUAUCGCCCCUUUCUAUUCGAUUUAGAAAUAGAGGCGUGCGAAUUUGUGUCACAAAAAAAUCGAGAUCCUGCUUCAGAAAUUGCAUACAAGGUGGUGUUUGCGAGGAUUAGUAGUAUCGCUAAACGAUGUCCGCAUGGUAAUCGUACAUACAGCGUUGAAUAUUGGGUGGAUAAACAAACUCUUCCAAAAUCUCUUCCUGCUGGCGACUAUCGAUUAACUAUAGCUUUCAUUUUCAAAGACAACACAACCUUGCUUAAGCUUCAAACUUAUGGUAUAAUUAGAAGAAUGGGAGUUUUUCGCUCCAUGAUUGAAUGGUGA